AUGUACAGUCGUCUCAAAUCAUCUCUCCUGAAUCACUUUCAACGGGGAUCCAACUCUUCAAACAAUUCAAACUAUGACGGAUUAACCAAGGAGGAGCGAAAAAGACUUCGUCACUCUCUGGCUGAAUGCCAAAUCAACGAAAUCUACGAGAACCAUGAGAACUCCGCCCAUCCUAGUCACCACAAACACCACCACCACUUCCACGCGAUUCCUUCUUCCUAUUCUUCCUCUACUACCACCAAACCUUCUUCUCGCUUCCCUCCUACCAACACAUCAAUAAGCCACGCCCCCUUGGCGCCGCAAGAAGAGUAUCUCGACGAGUCGGGUUCUUCUGCCAAUUCCGCGAAUACCUAUUUUUCGGAUCUUUUGUCUUCCACAUCCUGUUCUGAAAAUUCGACGACUGAAAGUGUUAACUGUAAUUACGAAGAAACAAGAAACGCGUUUCUGAUGGCUUCUGGAUUCCCGUCUCUUUCUUGGAAUGUUCAGUACAUCGGAUCGUUUCCAAUUUCUGGAUCACAUGUGGACAACUUGGGAAAGCGAAUCGACUCGUUUGUGCCAGCUGGGAGCUCGGUUCCUCAGAAUGUGGAGCUGUCGAUUGCGAUAUCCGGAGUGAAGAUUUGUUGUGAGAAGGUGAGAAAGCUCUUCUUGAGACACUUAAUGGGUUCACUCUAUUUUUGCGCAAUACUGCCCAUCCAUAUUAUGCUAAUUUCAUUAUUAUGCUGA